UCUAAUUAGUUUGUAGAAGCUUCCUAUAUUUUGUUGUAGUCACUUGGUUAUUUGAUGCCUUUUUCCACAAAUACUGCAUGCAAUCACAACAAAUUAACACAUGAAAUUAGAUGACUUGAUAUGUUGAUCUGGUCUUCCCCAAAAAGCCCCUAGAAGAUGUUUCUCCAACUAGAACCUGCUCUGCACAGGGUGACGCGCUAUUGCUUCGACCACAAGACUACAACUGCAGCGAAGCCACCAAAUGAGCUCACCACGCCUCCAUCACUUUGUAUCCUCAGUCUGCUGUACUUCUCUUUUUCUUUUGAGUCACUUUCUGUUCCCUAUACAUCUUUUUUUCCCCCUCCCUCUUAUUUGCCGGAUCCAGACAAAGGAUGGCAGAGAUGGAGGGCCUUGAGUUUGGGAAGUCAGACUUUGUGCUUCUGGAUGAGGUGACCAUGGAGGAGUUUAUGGAGAAUCUCAAACUGAGGUUUGAGAAGGGUCGGAUCUACACUUACAUCGGGGAAGUGGUGGUUUCUAUGAACCCGUACAGAGAGAUGGACAUUUACGGGAAAGAUACGAUUGACGCUUAUCGUGGUCGUGAGUUGUAUGAAAACCCACCUCAUCUUUUUGCGGUUUCUGAUGCUGCCUAUAAAGCCAUGAAGAGAAGAGCUAAAGACACCUGCAUUGUCAUAUCAGGUGAAAGCGGUGCAGGGAAAACAGAAGCCAGUAAAUACAUCAUGCAGUACAUUGCAGCCAUCACAAACCCAAGUCAGAGGGCGGAGGUCGAAAGUGUGAAGAAUGUGCUACUGAAGUCCAACUGCGUGCUGGAGGCUUUUGGGAACGCCAAGACGAAUCGUAAUGACAACUCCAGCCGCUUCGGCAAGUACAUGGACAUCAACUUCAACUUCAAUGGUGAUCCCACAGGGGGACACAUCAACAACUACCUGCUGGAGAAGUCCAGGGUGGUCCAACAGCAAGAAGGGGAGAGGAACUUCCAUUCAUUUUAUCAGUUACUGCGAGGUGGAUCAAAUGACUCAUUUCACCUGCAAAGUGAUCCGAGUGUUUAUGUGUACACUAAAGAGGGAUCUACAUCCACUACCUCUAAUAAUGACCAUGCUAGCCACAAAGCUGUGAUGAAUGCACUGGAAGUAAUUGGCUUCUCCAAAGAAGAGAUUCUGUCAAUAUAUCAAAUUCUAGCCUCCAUCCUGCAUCUGGGUAAUGUGCCAUUUGAGAGUGAUGGUGAGAGUGUUCAAGUUUUGGACCUUGAAUCUGUCAACUACAUCUCAGAGUUGACUGCCACAGAUCCAGACAAGGUCGUCAAGAGCUUGCUGUACCGUACUGUAGCCACUGGGGGUGGCGAGGUCAUAGAGAAGGGUCACACAGAAGAAGAGGCCUGCUUUGGACGGGACGCUUUUAGCAAGGCUCUCUAUGAGAGACUUUUUGGGUGGAUUGUAGGCCGCAUCAACAACAUCAUUGAGGUGAAAGACUACAACCCAGUGCUUCAUGGGAAAAACACAGUCAUCGGCGUCCUGGAUAUCUAUGGAUUUGAGAUCUUUGACAACAACAGCUUCGAGCAGUUCUGCAUCAACUACUGCAAUGAAAAGCUGCAGCAACUUUUCAUCGAGCUGAUCCUUCAACAGGAACAAAACGAAUAUAAUCGAGAGGGGAUCCAAUGGCAACACAUUGACUACUUCGAUAACCAGAUCAUUGUGGACCUGGUGGAGCAGCCACACAAAGGAAUCAUUUCCAUUCUGGAUGAAGCUUGUAUUACUGUUGGGAAAGUGACAGACACAAUGUUCCUGGACAGUAUGGACAUCAAACUGGCCAAACACCCCCACUACAGCUCCCGCAAGCUCAGCCCCACUGACAAAACCAUGGACUUCCAAAAACACUUCCGAAUCCGUCACUAUGCUGGAGAUGUCACAUACUCCGUGGAGGGCUUCUUGGAAAAAAACAGAGACCUGCUCUUCCAAGAUUUCAAGCGCCUCAUGUACCACAGGUGCCAAACACACACCAUCAUCAUGCUACUACUAACUGGACCAGCGGAACACAUGGGUUUCCCUCUUGACCCUGUUAACGCAUCACGCCACCGCUCGCUCAUUGAAUCAUGUCCUUUUCUCUUCAUUUUUUAUUUAUUUAUUUUUGCACUCUUUCAAAGCUCCAACCCAGUUAUGAAGGAGAUGUGGCCAGAUGGCCAACUCGGCAUCACGGAGGUCACAAAGCGACCUCUUACAGCAGCCAACCUCUUCAAGAACUCCAUUAUAUCCUUAGUGGAUAAACUGGCCUGCAAGGAGCCCUAUUAUGUUCGAUGCAUUAAGCCCAAUGAAUUGAAGUCCCCGCUGCUGUUUGAUGACGCUCGCUGCCAACAUCAGGUGGCCUAUCUGGGCCUGCUGGAGAAUGUCAUGGUCCGUAGGGCAGGUUUUGCCUACAGGCAGCCCUACGCUCGCUUCUUGCAACGGUAUAAAAUGACGUGCGAGUACACUUGGCCGAAUCACUUGAUGGAUUCGGACCGAGACGCCGUGGAGGCUAUUGUCAAACAGCACGGUUUCCAAAACGACGUAGCGUACGGCCACACCAAGCUGUUUGUGCGAACACCGCGGUCUCUCUUCACUUUGGAACAGGAGCGAGCCGUCCUCAUCCCCAUCCUGGUCCUUUUCCUGCAAAAGGUGUGGCGGGGGGCUCUCGCUCGUAUGAGAUGCCGCCGCAUGAGAGCCAUUCACACCAUCAUGGGAUGCUAUAAGCGCUACAAGGUCAAGGCCCACUUCUGGGAAGUAGAACAGAGAUUUACUAAUGUGAGGAACAUGGCCGACUAUGGAAAGAGCAUUGAGUGGCCGACCCCGCCUGCCGCCCUGACCCAGUUUCACACCAUCACCGUGAUGCUGCAUCGCAGGUGGUGGGCGAGGCAGAUGGUGAAGAAGAUCCCACCAUCUGACAUGAUGGAGAUUCGCGCCAAAGUUGCAGCUCUCACUGCUCUUAGCGGCGAGAGAAAAGACUGUGGCUUGAGUAGAGCUUGGGAGAGAGACUACUUGGCAAAUGUACGAGACUGCCCUCAGUCCAGUUCCGGCUUUGCUCGCUUCUCCCGGGAAUUGAGGAACAAAGACGAGUACAGUCAAGUCCUCUUCUCAGGCUUCUGUAGGAAGGUGAAUAGGUUCAAUAAAAGCACAGACCGUGGCGUCCUUGUCACAGACAAGUGCAUCUACAAAUUAGAGCCCAAGAAACAGUACAAGGUCCUAAAGAGGAUUCCUUUAGACAAUCUAACAGGACUCAGCGUGACCAGUGGAGUUGACCAGAUGGUGGCGCUGCAUAUGUCCUCUCAGGAUGACGUUCUGCUUUGCCUGCAACGCGGAGAGCUCUUCCCCGACCGGGAUAGAGUCGGCGAGCUGGUGGGAACCUUGGUGGACCACUUCACACGGGUAAAAAAAACAGCAUUGUCUGUGAAGGUGUGCCCAUCGACCAUCCGGCUGCACAUGCGAGGCAAACCAAAGACUGUUACGGUGGAAACCAAGGUGGGCCAAGCUAACGCUGAUUUCAAGAAGAGCAGAGAUGGUUUUGUUCUAUGGGUCCCAACCAAUUGAGGUACACCGCUGGGAUGUGUUUGAAAGUACAGUAAACCUUGGAUAUAUCGGAAAUUCGCUCACAACGGACAGAUAAAAAAGAACCGAUUUUUCUGUAAUGCAUUUCCAAUAAAAAUUCAUUGCAUAUAUCGGAUUUUUUAUAACGGAUUUCGCCUAUUUUGGACAAAAUCUCCAGUCCAGUUCCAAUGCAUUUCCAUUAAAUUUCCCUUGCAUAUAUCGGAUGGCCGCAUCGUGGCGCUCCGAUUCGCCGAAUUGUGACAGGCCGCUAUACGACGUCAUUUGCAGCGUUUGCAGCGUUGCCUGCGCGUCCAGGUACAUUGGAAACAUAGUCAAGGAAGUGCCUUUUUAUAACGGAUAAAAUCCGAUUCACGCAUAUACCGGAUAUAAAUCCGAUAUAUUCGUAAAACGGACAUUUUCCGGUAUACGCAUAUAACGGAUUUCGCUUAUAUCGGACAAAACCAGUGGGAACAAUUGAAUCCGAUAUAUCCGAGGUUUACUGUAUAAGGCAAAGUCAGAAUAUAAUUACAGGCAACAAGCUGGACUUGGUAAAAACUUGCAUAGUACACGGUUAGUACAUUUUUAUUAUUUCCUGCUUACUUCAAUUUGAAUCAGUAGAAACAAGUGUAAAGCUGUGGGAAAAUAAAUUAUUCUAUAAUGACUUGAAGUGGAAUCUGGUAUGUUUUUAUUCAUUUUUACUGUUAACCUUUUCAAUGAUAAACCCUUAUUUAUUGGAGAAAUACAAUGAUGCAAUCCAUUCAGUUAUAAUAUCCUAAUGAGGGAAGAAAAAAAAACAGUUGGAUUUAUCUUUAAUCCAAAGUAUCCUCUGAAUGCAUGCAAUCUGGCUCACUGACUGCAGAAAAAUGGAGUAAAUGACGCAAUAGCUAUUUCCUGUCCUGUCCCU